CUGCAUCUGCCUCAUCAAGAAGCUAGUAUAAAUAGCCAUGCAUCUGGUGCAGCUCCCCAGUACAGGUGUGUCCUUAGCAGAAGCAGAGAGACUAGCAAAGCCUAUCAUGGCAGCCCUUAUCUCCACACUGCAAUUGCUCUUCCUCGGGGCUCUGAUUUCUCCCGUCUAUUUGGAGGAUGUUUGUCACCCUAUCCAGAAUGCCACUGCUUCUGGCUCUUACAAUCUAUCUGUGAACCCUGCUAACUACAUGGCAAACACAAGCUACAAUGUAACCAUCAGUGGACUCGUGGAUGGCAGCUCACUUCUCCUGCAGGCCCUCAAUUCCCAGAACUCCUCUGUAGGCCGGUGGGGAGGACAAGUUGUGAACUGCAGCGACGGCCUAUCAGCAGCGCAGGAAAAUAUCACCAACAAAGCCACAGCCACAGUACAAUGGAGCUCUCCAGACAAUGAGUCAGCCCCGGUGGAAAUAAGGGUAUUUGUGACUCUUUCCAAUAGCUCUACCCUGCUCCAGAAGACAACCCUAAAUACAGCAUCUACAGCCUCACCUGGAUCGACAACAGAGACACCCACCACCAGCUCCAAAAUCACAUCCUCCAGCACCCCCAAUUCCGUCUCUACAGUGCAGGCCAGCUCCUUAUUCCUAGCAGCCGUCCACCUGCUGUCAGUCUUUGUUACCUGCAAACUGUUCUCCUAGUGGAAAACAGCACACCAGUCAAGCCAUGCUCUGCCAUCUUUGCUUUCCUGCUGGAUGCAAGGGUGGAGGGCUGAUAUACUCAGGAAGUCUCUCUUCUACUGUUAUGUAUUUAAAAAUGAUGACUGCACUUUCUUUUACACCCUACUUGACCAGAGAGCUGACACCCAACCCUAUUGCCAGCAGCAGGAAACACAUGAAGAAAUUCCGGCACAUACUUGUCUCGAGAGUUUUCAUGAGCUGAAAUGUUCUGUAGCAAGUCAGGAUUUGAUACAUUCGUAGCGUGCAGAAUAGCGUCGGAUAGAGUAGUCUGACAAGGUGACUGAACAAGGGAACACUGGGGGUUCCUUCCAUCCUGAUCUCCUACAGUUCUAUGAAGCAGAGACAGCAUGUCUCCCCCACCAGGCGGGCUAAGCUGCUUUCCACACUAGGGCACUGCAGGUUGAUAACGGGCAUGGGUGAGGGUCUUCCACAGCUGCUGCUGCAUCCCAUUUGCUGUGCACACAGGGAAUGGAGCCAGUGUCUUUUCUGAGCUCAUCGACAGUCGCUUACAGGGCCCUGACUGAGAUGGGGCAUUGUAAUCAGUCGGACUUGCAGAGAAUUGCGAAGGGCAGGGCAGAUUUAAACACAGUUCAGACUGAUUACAGCCUGAAUGAGAUCCAAAUUUAAAUGAUCAUGAAAGAAGUAAAUACACUCUGUUUUUCAGGCUAGCCUGCCAUAUGAAGGCAAGUCCCUUCCAUAAAUCAAGCUAGAACCCCUGCUGGCAGGGCCUUCUCCAUGAAGGCCCCCUGACUGGAAUUCACUGCCAGUUUCAAUUCUGUUAUACUUCAGGGCACCCUGCAAUACCGCUCUUGAUUUCUCUCUGGUGUUUUGGGGCAGGACCCUGAGAUGAAGGAAGGGUUAGGUCUCUGAAAUGAAUAGGAUUUUUUUUUCAUAGACAGCAGAUGAUUUUCACUGCCAUGUUGGCUGGAAUGUGCCAUUGAAUAUAUGUUGAUAAAUUUUCUUGUUUAGAUUUGGGGGGGGAGUUUUGUAUUGAGUGUGUUCAUUUAGAAAUUGUUAAGUGGCUGGAGAGAAGUAGA